GCUAAAUAUAGUCGGAGUCGACGACAGCAUGCACAUUCAACACACACUUCGGCUUAUUCCAGUUGUACAUUGUACUUUUUUCAGCUGUUAGCUCAUCCUGAUUGUUUACUAAUGGCCUGAUUCACAUCAAACUGCAAAAAAGAACCAUCAGUCCUCAGGAAUAUAACCGAUAGGAGUUUAUGUAAACAACUUAUAUUUGAAAUGAGAGGGCGCUAAAGAGAGACUUCUUGACAUUAUAGUUGUAACUGCCUGUCGAGGGCAGACCUUUGACAUUAUGGGACUGUCGGAUGACGGUGUGAUAGGCCGAGGCCUGAACAGCCCUGAUCCACUGGUGCGUGAGGCCUAUCUAAUGGCCUAUGACUAUAUCGACUAUGUAACGGCCGAACCGGGCGUCUCACUCGGACCAGCACCAACCCAAGUCACCGCUGCCCUCCGUCACGCCGGAGAUGAACUGCUUACCCGCUUCCCCAUCUUCUUCCGCCGCUGGCCGCGCGUCUUCCAAGACGUGACCGAACAAACCGCAUGCCAGGUGCUAGUAUCUAUCCUGGAUGAGCACUUUGCACCUACGAGGCGCAGAGAUCUGGCCUGGAGUGCCGUGCUGUCCGUGUUUGUUCUGGCUGGCCAAUUGGCGCUACACUGCCAGGAGAGAGGCAUGCCCAGUGUACUGCCCCAGAUUCAGGAGUGCGUGGGCAAAUACGUAGAGAGGGUCAUCUGCCCGGAAAUUAGACAUAAAGGAGGAUGGGAAGGUUUUGUCUUUCGUUUUGGAGAAAAGCAAAACCUUGAAGAUCAUGUGAAGAAUGUGUGCUGCUGGUCUCUACUCCUGCUGUGUGUUGGGAUCUUAAGCUACUUUGUAUGGACAAGAAGGAAAUCUUAGACCACAGCGCCAUCUUCUGAGAAAACGUAAUAAGGACACUGAAUAAAUGAUGGGUGUGGCUGUAAUACAUUUUGAAUAAAGUUCAAACAGACACCA